AUGUGGCUUGAUCGGCUCGCAGCGCCAUCGAAUCCAUCACCGUCCUCUUCGCAACCCGGAAGCCGUCCCUACUCCCCGCUGCCGCGACGACCUUCCAACAGUCCUUAUGUCACCUCUCAGCGCCCUGGCAUAACUCCGAGAGGAUCCGCCCUUUCACUCGUCUCUAACGACUCCUCGACUUCUUUCUCAGCAUCUCGCAGGGUCAAUGGCUCCGGCCUAAAGCAGUCCACGAUCUCCUACGAAGGACCUGACUCGGCCGAGUUACUUGCCCAGAUAUUGGAUACCGCGUCGCCGCAGGAUGCCACUGAGGAGGGGAUAGACGAAGCAAUAAGCGAAAACGACCUUGAAUUGGGCUUCGACUUCGAGGGAUUGAGCUUGCGAGAGCUAGCAAGUUCCGACAGCGCGGUUACGGACGACACGGACAGCUAUCGUCGACAGACCGCGGAAGAAUACGAAACCAGUAGAGCUCAGGUCGAAGACUUGCACAGAUCCAUCGCGGCAUGCGACGGUGUCCUCAGUUCAGUCGAGACCAACUUGACGAGCUUCCGCAAUGAUCUCGCAGCAGUCUCCGCAGAUAUAGAAACCCUACAGUCCCGCUCGACAGCCCUCAAUGUUCGACUCGAGAAUCGAAAAGCGGUAGAAAAGGCGUUCGGGCCGGUCGUGGAGGAAUUGAGCGUUUCUCCCCUCGUGGUGUCCAAGAUAUCCGAAGGCCACAUCGACGAGACGUGGGUCAAGAUGCUGGCGGAGGUAGACAAACGAGCUAUCGCGUACAAGAAGAAUACGGCGAGCCAGCAGAAGAGUAAAGCCUGGGCGGAUCUCGGUCCCCUGUUGGAAAAGCUGACGAUGAAGGCCAUUGAGCGGAUACGUGACUUCGUUGUAGCCCAGAUCAAGGCGCUGCGGUCUCCACAUAUCAACGCCCAAAUCAUUCAACAACAGAACUUCCUGAAGUUCAAGGAGCUAUUUGCCUUCCUUCACAAACACCAUUCCAAGCUUGCCGAGGAAAUCAGUCAGGCUUAUAUGAACACCAUGAGGUGGUACUACGCCAACCAGUUCGCUCGCUACCAGAAGGCUCUUGAAAAGCUCAAACUGCACAUUCUGGACAGGAACGACGUUCUUGGUCAUGAAGAAAUAUCAAGGAGAGCCACGGUUCUCUCAGCGACUAAGCCCGCUGGGCCGCCGCACGACGCCUUUAACCUGGGACGUCGUGUUGACCUCCUCAAGACGAGUAACCAAUCCGCCAUUUCCUCCUACUUGGCCGAGGAAGAUCAGACCACCCACUACAUCGAAGUUCCUUUUCGAAACUUCAACUUGGCUCUGAUUGAUAACGCCACCGCAGAGUACACUUUUUUGGCCGCGUACUUCUCGCCCCCCCUUUCAUUGGCCGCAGUAUCACGACAAUUCAACUACAUCUUUGAACCGACGUUUGCCCUGGGCCAAACGCUGACCAGGACGCUGGUCAGUGAGAGUUACGAUGCGCUUGGCCUCUUGUUGUGCAUUCGGCUUAAUCAGCACUUGGCAUUCGAGCUGCAGAGGCGUAAAAUUCCCGCCGUCGACGGCUACAUCAACAUGACGACCAUGCUCUUGUGGCCAAGAUUGCAGGUCGUCAUGGACCAUCAUUGCGAGUCGGUACGACUGCUCACCAACGCCCUACCCGCGAAACCCAGGGCUGCGGAUCAGAAUAAACUGUCUGCCGCACCCCAUCUUGUGACUCAGAGAUUUGGGCAGAUCCUGCAGGGCGUCCUGGCACUCAGCGUCGAAGCUGGAGACGACGAGCCAGUGGUCACCAGCUUGCGGCGACUGCGCUCGGAGGCUGAAGCUUUCCUUACGCGCUAUAGCCAAUCCUUUGGCGACAAGCGCAAGCGAGAGCGUUUCCUGUACAACAACUACUCGUUGAUCUCUACCAUCAUCAGCGACGUAAGUGGGAAGCUUGCGACGGAACAGCAGGAACAUUUCGAGGAGCUCAAAACAGCAUUCCAGGAGGGUGCUUAG